AUGCACUGGGAGCAGGUGAUUGUUGGUGAUUUUCUGCACGUAUGUUUGGAUGAGAUUAUUCCGGCUGAUAUCCUGUUGAUCCGGUCAUCUGAUCGUGUUUGCUUUGUGACGAAUUUGAAGCAAAGAUACGUGCCAGCAUCAUUACUGCCACAUUCAGGGGAAGAAAGCUUAUAUCGACUAACUCAGUUGCGUUCAAAAGUUUUAUUUGAAAAACCGAAUAAUCAAAUUAAUCAAAUAAGAGGUCAGAUAAUUUAUGAGAAUGAUGUGACAGAAGUUAUAAGAAAUGAAAAUAUGAUAUUUCGUGGAUGCCAACUUCAAAAUACAACAUUUGUUGAAGGAAUUGUACUUUAUGCUGAUAUUAAUACCGCUAUCAUCAUAUUUAUCAGUGGAUCAUCUUACAAGAUAGCAGCAUGUAUGAUGAAUGUCGAGAUUGUGCAGUCGAAUGUCAUUCUGAAAUGUCAUUCAUCAAAUAUCCCAGAAGAGUUAGGUCGUAUACAAUAUAUAAUGCCUGAUAAGACUGGAACACUUACUGAAAAUUUAAUGAUAUUUCGUCCACGUAUAAUUAAUGGAAUGGAUUAUGAUUGUGAAAUAAAACAAUCUGAUUUAUUAAAUUUACAAAUGAAUAAUAUUAUAGCAAACGAUGAAUUGAAGAGAAGAGUUGAAAUUAUGGAUUCGCAAACUGAUCAA